AUUCUGCCUUUCCUCUGAGCAUAAGAGCCCCAAAGCAGAAAGACCAAGCCGUUGAGAUUCCUGCUGAGCCACAGCACCACAGCAUCUGUGAAGAUCUCCCAGCCUUGACCCUCAUGAGAGGGACAACAUGAUGCAGUGUGGAUUGUACUCCGGAGGACUGUGUGAGACCAAGCCCACUCUUAGUUUACAAUCCUUGAGGUUGUGUUGAUGUAAUCAGAGAUGCACACCGGUCUAACCUGUUCUAUAGCCAAGUACGCUGUUGUAGUUUAGUGUUCCAUUAUAGCCCAGUGAAAUGAGUGCAUUGAAAAGAUCAUCGCAAGUGGCUUACAAACGCUGGAAAGACACAAAUAUCAGUUUUGUGACAGAUGAUAAAAGCAUCCUUACUGUUCAUGAGGAGCAGCCUGGGACAAAUGAGCCUAGCAAUGAAGGAGUUUGCACUAUUCUGGAGCAAGAUUUGGGGGACAGCAAGAUCAGAAGCUCUGGAAUCUCAGAAACCUUCACUGUGGAAGAAGCAGUUGAGGCUAUUGGUUUUGGAAAGUUUCAGUGGAAGCUGUCUAUGCUAACAGGAGUUGCAUGGAUGGCCGAUGCUAUGGAAAUGAUGCUCCUUAGUAUUGCAACUCCUCAACUGCGCUGUGAGUGGAGGCUCUCCAGCUGGAAAGUGGCAUCCAUAACAGCGAUGGUGUUCAUUGGAAUGAUGAUUAGCUCCUCACUUUGGGGGAACAUUUCAGACAAGUACGGCCGGAAAGUGUGUUUAAUACUAUGCAUGCUGUGGUCAUUGCACUAUGGGUUUCUCAGUGCUUUCGCACCUACUUACAGCUGGAUCUUAGUCUUGCGAGGCCUCGUGGGAUUUGGCCUAGGAGGAGCCCCUCAGUCAGUGACAUUAUAUACUGAAUUCCUCCCGAUGAAAUCCAGAGGGAUAUCCGUAAUCCUUUUAGGGGUGUUCUGGGGCUUGGGUGCUGUAUUUGAAGUGUUACUGGCUAUGUUGGUCAUGCCCACAUUAGGCUGGAAAUGGCUGCUAGCUUUCUCCACCCUUCCUCUAGUUGUCUUUGCUGCCUCCUGCUGUUGGUUACCCGAGAGUGCUAGAUUUGAUGUACUGAGAGGCAGAGAAGACAAGGCCCUGGACACUUUGAAAUGUAUAGCAGCAGCUAAUGGGAGCUCUGUGCCUAAAGGAAGACUUAUAGCCAACACACAGACUGAUCGUGGGAGGAUUAGAGAUCUUUUUAUUCCAGAAUACCGAAGAACAACACUCUUAGUCUGGUUUAUCUGGUUUUGUAAUGCUUUUUCAUAUUAUGGUAUUGUGCUGCUGACCACUGAGCUGUUCCAAGCAGGGUCUGCGUGUAGUGCCACCGACAACUCAAAUAUGGAACCUCGGUGCAGUUUGGAGUGCAAUUAUCUGACUUUUCAUGAUUAUGUGGACCUUUUGUGGACCACCUUAGCAGAAUUUCCAGGUAUUCUGGUGACCCUGUGGAUGAUCGAUCGAAUUGGCAGGAGAAAAAGCAUGGCAGUUUGUUUUUUAUUGUUCUCUGUGUCGAUUUUGCCACUGUAUGCCUGCACACAAAGGACACUUCUCACAGUCUUUAUUUUUAUUGCUCGAGCCUGUAUAACAGGGGGCUGGCAGGUUGCAUAUGUUUAUACACCUGAGGUUUUCCCUACAGCAACCAGAGCUAUUGGUAUUGGUACAGGCAGUGGAAUGGCUCGUGUUGGAGCUCUCAUCACACCAUUUAUUGCUCAGGUCCUUCUGAAGUCAUCCAUUUACCUGACUCUGUCUGUGUAUUUAAUAUGUUGCUUGCUUGGCACAGUGGCAUCCUGGUUUUUGCCCAUGGAAACAACAGGGCGGAGCCUUCAGGAAUCAACUCAAAGCACCAUGGAACAAAAAAACAUAGAAAGGCCACAAGGCUCUGAAACAACCGAGUCUUCCAGCAAUACAUGUCCUUAACAGCAAAUGGAAAACUGAAUCUGUGAAACCUCAGGAUUAAUAGUGUAAAAGGCCAUAAUGUAUAAUUUUGCCUUAGAAUAAAUGUUAUGUAAAUUCAUUCUAAAUUCAAGAUUUUUUAAUAAACAGUAUUUCAUUUCCACAUAUAUUAUAAUCAAAAAAAUCUGUUAUUUUGGUCUUGUUUCUAUAGAAAUGUUACACUAAGCUGUUUAUGAUGCUAAGAACUUAUCAAACAAUUUUAUUGGUUCUUUAGUUACACAAGUGUCAAUUUGUCUCCUGUUUUGAUGCUUUUCAAAUGAACUCUCCAU